CGCCGCUGCAAUGGUUCACACCCCAUCGGAAUAUCGCAUCCUUCCUCUCAGAAGAAUGGCACGCUUUCCUCCUCCUCUCGCUUCCGGCGCUCUCCUCCUCCUGCUCUUCGUCUUGGUCUCGCCGUGCCGCUCGGCGGCAGGAGGCCGGCCGAGAGCCGUGGUGCUGCCGGUGAGCAAGGACGACGCGACGCAGCAGUACGCGACGGUGUUCCGGCAGCGGACGCCGCAGGUGCCCGUGAAGGCCGUGCUGGACCUCGCGGGCGCCACGCUCUGGGUGGACUGCGAUACCGGGUACGUGUCGUCGUCCUACGCGCGUGUCCCGUGCGGGUCCAAGCCGUGCCGCCUCACCAAGACCGGCGGCUGCUUCAACAGCUGCUUCGGCGCGCCAUCCCCGGCCUGCCUCAACGGCACCUGCAGCGGGUUCCCGGAUAACACGGUCACGCGCGUCACGGCUGGCGGCAACAUCAUCACCGACGUGCUCUCGCUGCCCACCACCUUCCGCACCGCGCCGGGGCCGUUCGCCACCGUGCCGGAGUUCUUGUUCACCUGUGGCCACACGUUCUUGACCGAGGGCCUCGCUAACGGCGCCACCGGCAUGGUGUCCCUCAGCCGCGCCCGCUUCGCGUUCCCCACGCAGCUCGCCCGAACCUUCGGCUUCUCCCGCAGGUUCGCGCUCUGUCUCCCGCCGGCCUCCGCAGCUGGCGUCGUCGUAUUUGGCGACGCGCCUUACGUGUUCCAGCCCGGCGUGGACCUCUCCAAGUCGUCGCUCAUCUACACGCCUCUGCUCGUCAACGCGGUGAGAACGGCGGGGAAGUACACAACGGGGGAGACGUCGAUCGAGUACCUCAUCGGCUUGACGGGCAUCAAGGUGAACGGCCGCGACGUGCCACUGAACGCGACGCUCUUGGCAAUCGACAAGAAUGGCGUAGGCGGCACCACGCUGAGCACGGCGUCUCCUUACACCGUGCUGGAGACCUCCAUCUACAAGGCGGUCAUCGACGCGUUCGCGGCCGAGACGGCCACGAUCCCCCGUGUGCCGGCCGUGGCACCGUUCGAGCUGUGCUACGACGGGCGCAAAGUAGGGAGCACCCGCGCGGGGCCAGCGGUGCCGACGAUUGAGCUGGUGCUGCAGAGGGAGGCCGUGUCGUGGAUCAUGUACGGGGCAAACUCGAUGGUGCCCGCCAAGGGCGGCGCGCUCUGCCUUGGCGUGGUGGACGGCGGCCCCGCGCUGUAUCCGUCAUCGGUGGUGAUCGGCGGGCACAUGAUGGAGGACAACCUGCUGGAGUUUGACCUGGAGGGGUCGCGGCUGGGUUUCAGCUCCUACCUCCCGUUGCGGCAGACGACCUGCAACAACUUUCGCCUCGGCUAGCAGAUAGCAAUACUGUGGGCAACCUGUAGUAGCCAUGGACCCAUGGUAGCUAAUACUAUCAACUAGUACCUACAUUUCUAAUUUUCCCUUUCUACUUUGUUGUUAGAAUUGCUCAUGAACCGCCAGAUGCCGUAUCCACGCAUCCACGGUUUCUGAUCGCCUAUUCGGACAAUGAUUUAAAAGUUGAUUGUUUUUUCCAAAAUAUACUAAUUCGAAGCUCGGGAUAUUACAACCGGCGCUACUACAAAA